AUGAGAAGAUCCAACAGCACGUUCCAUCACCCCAAUGGCUUUGUUCUGGUGGGCUUUUCGGAAUGGCCGAGACUAGAAAUGGCCCUCUUUGUGGCCAUCUCCAUCUUCUACGUAAUGACCCUCCUGGGGAAUUCGGCCAUCAUUCUCUUAUCUCGCCUUGAUUCCAGACUCCACAGUCCCAUGUACUUCUUUCUGGCCAACCUCUCCUUUCUAGACCUAUGCUAUACCACCUCCACAGUCCCCCAAAUGCUGGCAAACAUACAGAGCUAUCGGAGAAACAUCAGCUAUGUGGGCUGUGUCGCUCAACUUUUCAUCUUUCUCGCGCUAGGUUCCACCGAGUGCGUCCUUCUCUCAGUCAUGGCCUUUGAUCGUUACGUAGCCGUAUGCCGACCUCUCCAUUACACCGUUAUCAUGCAUUCUCGGCUCUGUCGACAACUAGCAGCAGUGGCUUGGGUCACAGGCUUCAGCAACUCUUUGGUCCAGACGGUACUCACUUUCCUGUUACCGCGCUGCGGUCAAUACAGAGUGGAGAAUUUCUUCUGUGAGGUCCCAGCAAUGCUUCAGUUAUCCUGUGUUGAUACGUGGGUCAACGAGGUGGAGAUGUACGCAGCUGUGGUGGUCAUAAAGGUUAUCCCAGUGGGCCUAAUCUUAUUCUCUUACAUCAACAUUGUCAGAGCUGUGGUAAGGAUCCAAUCCCCCGAGGGUCGCAAGAAGGCCUUCAACACUUGUGGGUCUCAUCUGCUGGUGGUCAUUAUGUUCUAUGGCUCAGCCAUUAGUGGUUAUGCAUACAUGGCUCCCAAGAGUAGCUCGGCCAAACUGAAGGGCAAACUCCUAGCCCUCUUCUAUGGACUCAUAACUCCAAUGCUCAAUCCUCUCAUCUACACCUUGAGGAACAAGGAUGUGAAGGCGGCAGUGAAGAAGCUACUAGGCAGAGAACAAGAGCAAGGGUGGAACAUGGCGUAG